UAUUUUGUUACACAGUUUUGAGAGCUUAGCGUUUACCGAGUCAUUGGUAUUUUUUGAAAAUGAAAAUUAGGAAAUGCCUAGAUGCGAUAUAGGUUCAACAUAACUUUGGUUAUGAACAUCCGAAACUGUGUAAUACGAUCAUAUAAAGUAUAGAUUACAUGUGUUAGCAUGAGGAUAUUAAGCUACAGAUCUUUUAGUGAACUGGUGACAAGUGUUUACAUCGAAUGGGGAAAUCCCAACGAAUUGGUACGCGAAUCGAAACUGCACUAAAUUGAAAGUGGAUACGGGCAGUAUUUUACAGAAUCUCAGUGCAACAAUGGAAUCGAAGCCGAAUGGAAACUUGCGGUUGUUCGACGAUGAUGAAGAAGGCCAGCCAAAUGAACAUGAAGCUAGGACAGACAUUACACAGUCGGUCGCUAAAGGAGAAGCAGAAUCCAGUGCUAUUUCCGAAAGCAGACAUAUCGUCAUGCCGACUACGGAUAUGCGAACUGAACAAAGUUCUAGUAUGUCACCUAUUGACAAACAGCAGUUUGUGCACAACAAUUCACCGCAAAGACAUUCAUAUGACUUACUUACUUCACAAACAGAACCAGAAUCUUUAGACUUAGGUGCUGGCGUGCACCCGCCCUGGAGAAAAACCCCUUACUUGCCAUUCAAAGUGGAACAACCUAUUGAUGUAGCUAAAGCUAAGAUGUUAUUAUUCAAAGGCUUUGAUCAAUUCGUCGAGACCACAUUUGAUAAGAAACAAGGGCGUAUAAAUAUCAGGGCAAAAUCUGAAGAUGAACUUAUAUGCAUUCAAAUAAGCAUGCAUCAAUGCCUCGAACAGGUGAUAACGAAGGAAAGACACGUAAUGGAAAAUACAUUAGCAGAGUUUUUAGAUAAGGGUCCAUGUCGCAAAUGUUUAAACGACAAGCUUGCAGAAAAACAGAUCGAAGCUGUUCUUGAUGUCGAUACACAAUUGUGUACAUUGGUCGCGUAUGCGUAUACGGACGUCAAUCUUGACAAAGCGUUAAACGUUUAUGACAAAACCUUCAUUCAAAGAGACAUACCACUUCAACCACAGGAAGUAGAUGAAAUUGAAAUGGCCGUUGAAAGAGUCCGUCAGAAGAACUUGCAACUUGUACACAUUGCCAUGUCGUCCAAGUGUGUUAAACUGUAUGGUUUGGAUUCAACAGAAGUUGAAGAAACAGAAAGACAGAUUUGGAAUAUUAAAAGGGAAUAUAAACCAAAAGAUUUGUCUUUCCCUGCAUGCGUUGAAAUAUGCAUUGCAGCGGCAGGUUUGGAUUCAACACGAGUCGAAGAAAAAGAAAGACAGAUUAGGAAUAUUAAAAUGGAAUGUAAACCAAAAGAUCUGUCUUUCACUGCAUGCGUUCAAUUGUGCAAUGCAGAGGCAAGAUGUUUUAAACAUCACUUUUCCAGUGAUCUAGAAUCAGCCAUAAGGCAACGAAACGGUCAGUAUUUGUCUGAACAGAGUGGCGAAGAUGACGAUAUCAAAAUUACUGUAACUACAACCGGUGAGCCAGGCAUAAAAGAUCUGCUUGAACAGACUGUUAAAAAGAUGUUUAAGGAACAAUUUGACUUCUCAAAAGCGUCCAUUGAUGCAAAUGAUGAACAUUUGCUUUGGACAGGGCUUGCCGGCAAUGAGGGUAGAACGUAUUUGAAGCAAUGUGAAGUUAUUUUUAAUUGUUUUAUUGACCUGUCAAAAAAGCGUGAAGACCCGCGAGAUGGAAGAUCUCGGGUCAAAGUUGUAUCAACGGAGGACUGUUUCACCUCAAACAGCAGCGACGAUGACAGUUCUUCGAGUGAGGAAGAUGACGCAGUAAAUUAUCAAGUAAACAUGGAGAAGACCCCUCGACAGACGUUUGCCGAAUUGCAAGGCGACAUACGGGAUGAGGAAACAGCACUUCAACUUGCCAUUCAGCUAUCAAAGGAAGCAUGCAUUGCUCGUCCGGGAAAUGAUGACAACGAUUCAGACGAAGCUACUUCAGGAUUGUAUGCGCGUACAUGUUCGCACACGUUGAACAACAUACACGUCCAUGUAGUGAAAGGUGAUAUAGUUAAACAACAGGCCGAUGCGCUGGUAAAUAUCGUUUCUUAUAACAUGAAGUUUGGUGAAACUAGAGUGUCACAGAUGUUUUUAAAAGCAGGCGGACCAGACAUCGAAAUGGCAUACAAUGCGGCACGACAAAAUAAUCCGCAUAGAAGAGUACUAGUCACGCCAAGAUUCCGUCAUCUGAGAUGCAAGAACGUGAUACAUGUUGGUUUGCAGAAAGGGAAAGACAAGUGCAAACAGUGCAUAAGUGACACUUUUACGAAAAUAUUGCACGAGUGCGAGAAAAACAAAUGGUCAUCCAUUGCCCUACCACCUCUGGGAGUAGGACACAUGUACAACUACACGGAAAUUGACUGUGCAGAACAAACAUUUGUAUCUCUAACUACGCAUCAUAAUAACAACCAUUUGCAGGAGGUGACGAUUGUUGUCUACGAUGACAAAGCAUUCCGUGUGUUUGUUAAGGCAUUGAAAUCUGUUGCAAAAGAGAUGCCGUCUUGCCGACAAGGACAGCAUCCUAUGGCAGCGCCAUCUAUGGGAAAGCAUCCGAAGUCCCGAGCGUUGUCUAUGGAGGAUACUUUCAAUCGAAAAACGGUGUCUGAACAGACAUUUGCGACGCCGCAAGCAUUUGGAACUAUAUCACAUACGCCUCCAAAUCAGGCACGAGGCGCUAACCCACCUGGUCGUAGUAGCAGAAUGAAACACGGCAAAGGUCACAGAAGGCAUGCCGCCUCUUCACGGCAAUCUGGUCAUGGUCAACAUGAUGCCACGAGACCGAAUAAAUCCAGAAAGAGAAUCAGCCACGAGAGAGAGACGGCCACCAAAAUCACUGUUUAUGCCAAGGAUAAGGCUACAUGCAAGCACGCACUCAAACAAAUGGGCAAGAAAAUGAAGACCGAUUUUCUAUAUGAAGAGAGGAUUGAAAGGGUCCCGUCCCUUUCGAAGGAGGCAAAGUCGGAGAUUGCAAAAGCUAUCAAUGACCACAAAGUACUAGUGAGGAAAGAAAAAGAACAUUAUCUGCUUAAAGGAAAACAAGAUAAUGUCCUGAAGGCACACGGUCAUAUAUUGAAAAUUAUACUUCGUAAUCAUGGGGAAUCCCCCGUGUCUAGUCCACCCUCAAGAUCUCAAAGGGAAACAGUGGAGUACGCAAAGUUCAUGACGACAGCUGAUCAUACGGUGCCCGUUUAUUGGAAAAAUUACAAGCCAGGCGCACUACUCAAUAAGCUCAUGUUAAAUGUUAAGCACUUUAUGAAUGGAAAGGACUAUGAGAAGGUGGACCUCGACCCGAAUUCAACCACGUAUAAACAGAUAGUUCGAAUGGUCAAAAAAACAACUGACAAGUCGGAUAUUGGAAAAGGUAAAGAUGCGACUGGCCUCGGAGGGUAUUCAAAAUUAUGGAUUACAAAUGUACAGCGUGUUGAAAAUUUAGAUGUUUUUAAAAAAUAUUGCAAUAAACGACAGGAGAUCUUCAAAAAUUUGGUAAAACAGAAAAGAGGAGCUUGGCCAAAGGUGGAAGAGACACCAAAUGCGUCUGGAAAAAUCAUUACAAGUACGUACUUUUCUAGAGAAAUGGCGUCAGACUUGCAAUCAGAAAUAAAUGAAGUGCUGCUGUUUCACGGUACUAAACUCGACACAAUUGAUACCAUUUGUCAGAGUGGAUUUGACACACGGCUGGCGAGCAGGGAUGCAAUGUUUGGUCAAGGUGUAUACGGUGCUGAAAAACCGACAAAGGCUGACCAGUAUACAGAUGAUCAAAAUGCGCGUACAAUCGGACAAGGCCAGAUAAAGCAAAUGUUUUUGAUGCGUAUGCUCCUGGGCCAUUGCUUCAUAUGCACGGACCAAAAUCACCCACAUAAAUAUCGGCGAGCACCAUGCUGUAAGUGUAAACGUGAUGACUGCAAAGAACAUUUCGAUUCCGGAAACUACGAUUCCGUAGUUGGAGAUAACAAAAAACUAUUUAGAGAGUUUAUUGUCUAUGAAAGAGACCAGUGUUACCCGGAGUACCUGAUAACAUACGAACGGCGAUAGAGAAUGAUAGACGCCUGGGUCGGUAAACGUUGAUACCAUUAUUGUACAAGAAAGACAAUCCGAUCUUAUGUGUUUGAUAUCUUUUAUAUUAUAUGGAUAUUUAAAAACAGAGUUGUAUAAGAACAUUAGAACGCAGCCAUAAGAAUGAUAUACAGUAAUAUCGUGUUGACUAUGAAAGUAACCUGCUGAUUUAAACAAAUACUGCACAUUUCAUGGGUUAUCAUUAUUUGUAGUAAACAGCCUGCUGUCUGAUUUCUGUAAAAUUUCCACUUUAGUAUUUAUUUUGAAGUUUGUUUUGUUUUUGUAAAAUGUUCAGUAAUUACAAAAUAACGCACACAUAAAAACAUUUCUUCUUUUUUACCUUGCUUGUUAGAACACUUUUCAAUACGUACGUAUUUAUAUCUUCUGCAAAUCAUUUUGUAGCCAACUAUUAAUUUUAAAAUGUAUAGAUGUGUUCACGAAUUACUGCCCUACAUAUCUUAGUAUUAAUUAUUUUAAUGUGAAAUAUAUCCUUAUGUAAACUUUUUACAAAUAUUAAUACCACCAUUCACCUUAACAAAGUAGUAUAUGUGCAAUUAUUGUACAAGAUCCUAUUUUCUCCGUAAGCUAAAAUUCUAAUAAAUUCACAAAAAUUACAUGUUUUAUAGUUAUUGAAACAUAUUAAAUGAUACUUGUGGUAUAUUAUGGGUCAAAUUAUAUAUAUAUAUAUAUAUAUAUAUAUACACGUGUUCAAAAGUACAGCCAACACUAGAUUAAAUUAUCAUUAAAUUCAGCAUUUGGAUUGCCAAGUCCAAAAUACAAAUACAUGUAUAAUACAUUAAAUCUACAAUUGAACUAAUUUUGAAGCAGUAUCUAAAUCUUCUUCUUAAAUAUUUACCUAUUUCAAAACAUUGAAAGGCGUGUUAGAGAGUGCAAUGUCUACAACAAUUCAGAAUAUAGUUUUGAUACAUGUUCAUAAAAAAGAAAUAAAUAUGUCCAUGGAUACCAUUUUUUCCACAUUUGCUAAUUUCUUGAAAAUACCGAUCUUGAAUGUUUUUCAUAAGCUUAUGCAAUUUUUAAAAUCCUUUUAAUCGCAGUGGAGAAGCAAAAAUCUUGUUAAUCUUACGUUUUCGGAACAUUGAAAAUGAUGUGGUAUUUGUUUUCAAUGUGAUACUAAAGAUUUUAAAACAUUGUAAAUGUGUACAUGCGUACUAUACUCAUUUAAUUGGUUUAUUAAAUAAUAUCAGUAACUAGAGGCGUAGAUAGUUCGGUAUUCGCUCAGGCACUGAAUUGUUAUUUUAAAAUUAAAUCGUUUGUAUUUAUGUCUUUAAAUAUAAAGACGUAUUUCGUACCUACUAGUCAUUCUCACUUUACCACUAGUAAGUUUGUAAUGUUCUGCUUUCUAUAUUGUAUUUCGUUGCUUUUAAUUUCUUGCCAUACUUGUUGUAUAAAAUAUGCUUUUUUUAUUUCUUUAAAUUGUUUAUCUGCAAUUGUUAUGUAAAAAGACGUUGUAGUGUGAUUAACUGUUUGAUCACGUGAUUCUAAUAACACUUGAUCUAGAGAAACGUUCAUAUUUCAAACUCUUUUCAUAAUGCUAUAGUCUUCAAACUUGUUAAUGUAGGCAAGUUUCUAAAACUUAAUGUAUAACAAUGCAUGAAUGUAGGUAUAUACAUAUAAAUUAGUUAGUCAAGCGAAACUUGUACUAUUUUGUAGCAAGAUAUAAUGGCAAUUUUUGUUAGACUUCACUGAUGCCAUAAUUGACCCGCGUUAUGCAAAAUGGGUCUUAUUUGAUUGUUGGCAUGAGUUGCUGCAGCAAAGUCUGCGCAUCUUACAACGGAAACCUGCGUGACUUAAAUGGGCAGUGUAACCCCUGACCAGACUGCGCCUAAUGUUAAGGUUGACUGGGCGCAAGGUUGACAUCAAGUCAUAAGACCAAUUUUCGCAUGACGCGGCUCAAUUAUAACUGUUCUAUCAACUGUAGGCGUUCUCUCUAUUUUUUAUAAUACAGGAUCGAAGAUCGCGUAUCUUCGUUGAGCAAUAUACACGUUAUUUGUAUAUUUACCAAAGAUUUCUUAAACUCUGUUUGGAUGUGUGUUAUUUACCUGUGUAUCCAUAUUGCAUAAUUAUCUUCAUAACUAUGUGUUUAUGUACAAAUAUAGAAUUUAAAUAGUGUUCAAAUGCUUACUGUAAGUGAAUUGCUUGUGUAAUGACUUAAUAUUUAUUGACGCAGUAGACCAUCGAAAUUCAAUGUUUGUUAUUGUGCCAAUGCCAAUUUUUAACAUGGAUCGUUUGCUCUUCUUUUUUUUUCAGUUUGUAGCAAUGUGUUUUUUGUGUUCAUUUUUAAGCACGGUUUUGUGUUAUCUAUCAUAUCGUAGCAGUUGUUGUAACAGCGGCGUUAUGAUAUGCAUACAUAUAUUUAUUGUAUAAAUAUUAGUGUAUUUCUAUUUGUUUUGUAUCAUAUAAUACAUUUUAAACAUAUUAAUAUAUGCUUUUUGAAUAAGACGAGAAAUGUGCAUGUGUAAAUACAUAUAUUUUUAAUCAUCGAACGUCAGAACUGACAAUUUUUCAUUAAGAUUAAUUCUUAAGUUGUUUAGGGAAAAACUUUAUUUUAAUGCAUUCAUGCAUUAUUCAUUGUCAAAAAAAGAAUAUACGAAACAUCAUAAUAUCGAUGUAAACGUGGUUCUAUGUCUAUCAACACAAUCGACAGACAAAUAAACCUUACCUGACCUGAGGUCCGAUAAAUUAAAAAAAUGACCGGACCUCAACACAUUUUACCGGACCUUGUUUUUUCUUUAUCCAAACUCUAAAAAAAUACUUUUCAUAGAGUUUAUUUUUAUCAUUAUGACGUUCACAAUGGUUAACAAUUCUAAGUACAGUAAAAAAAAAAACUAAAUUAAAGUAUGUUGUAUUAAAAUCAUAUGGUUAAACUUUCAAUUAAAAGUGAAGAAAGCUUUGUGAUUUUUUUACAUUUUGCGAUCAUUUAAACAGCUGCUUGUGCUGCUUGAAUCUUGAAACGGAAAAGGCAAAGAUCGUGUGCUUUCAAUUAACGAUCAUCACAAACAUUGAAACCAGUGAAAUUCAAAUCACGCACUCAAAAUGUGUUGUGUAUCCUACGUAAGGUCAUACUUAUAUACUUAAUUUUGUCCCUAUAUAAUGUUAAAGCGACAACUUUAAGGGAAAAUAAAUUCUACUUUUUGCACAUGAGACCCCCUUAACCAUACCUUUUUCUUAAAGGCAUUUCUUAGCGGAAUCGAUUUAUGCAAUUAAAAAUAUAUGUCAUGUACAAACCACGAAGUCCGACAGUUUCGGAAAUGAAAUCGGACUAUUUGUACAUCUAUAAGAAUUCAUUAGUAUAAUAAAGAUAAUGCAUAUGUGUAGAUCCAUUUAUCAAAUAUGUUACAAUCAACUGAAUAAUCUCAUCCGAGUUUAGUCUUUUUCAUAAUGUUGUUUUUAGUGAGUUCCCUAUAUUAUUUUAUUGAUUGGUUUUGUACAUUGUUUGAAAAAUUGUUUUAUAUAUACACAGCUAGACAGUUGCAAUGUAUGAAUAGUUGUGAGUAUAAAACAAUUGAUUUGGUUAGUUGUCCUGUUCCCAGUAACACAUAUUCUGCUCACAUCUUGACAAGAAAAAUCCGUUAACUAAACAUAAAAAGACUGUUGUCUAAUGUUAAACGUGUUAAAAACUAUUAUCUCUUGUUAUAAGUGAAACAAAAUAUACAUAACACAUAAGAAAUGUCAUAUGUUUGAGACCUUACUAAAGACCAGACGGUACUUAAUGUCGUUUACUAUUUCGUGAUAAGCGUGGCUUUGAAAACAUAAAUUACGAUCGGUUUUUCAAGUAGUAUUUGUAUGUAUUGUACAUUGUAUUGUAUGUAGCCAUAAUGAUUAUGUCAUCAUUUACGUGAACAGACGACCAUACUGAAAAAAACACACGAACCUAUCAA